AUGGUGCGAAUACGGCCGAGCGGGAGUGUGCUGUUCGCCGUGGUGGGUCGCACGCAUUACGCCUUCGAUGUCUACUCCGCUGCGCUGCCGCCCCACUUCUUCCGCCAUCCGCUUGCAGAGCCCCCAACUUGCCCGCCCACACUCACGCUGCCGCGAGGCGGAAGCGACUCUAGUAGCGGGGGUCAGGAGCGGGUGGCGGAAGGCGGAAACGAAGCGCGGGCGGAUUGCGGGAACGGAGGGGGAAAGAGGACGGGGCGUGGGACGAUAAGCGAACGGCGGCACACUGCGACGAGCGGCAGCGCCAGCCACAGCGCGCAAUUUACUUUGGGCGUGAGGAGCAUACGCGAUGGCACGGGGGUAGAGGUGGCGCGCGAAGAGGCAGGGGGAGGGCGCGGGGGGGAGCUCACGAGGGGCGAUGGCGCGGAGGGGCGCGGGGGUAACGACUUGGGGCUGGUGUUCGUGUCAGAGGCGGAGGACGGGGCGGGGAACUUGAUGUUCUGUGAAGUGGCGCAAGGGUUGGGGGAAAGAGGCCGGGGGGAGGAGGAGGUUGUUGCGAAGGUGACGGGUGGAGGAGAAAUGGAGGAGCCGAUGAAGGGCGGUGCGGUGGGCAGCGCAGUGGCGGAAGGGGAGGAUGAUGCGGGGCUGCACGAGAGGGUGCAGGCGAUGCAGGCUCAGUUAGGGAAGCUGGCAGUGGAAGCGGAGCGGCAGGGGGGUGUGCAAGAGACGGAAAGGCGGCGGAUGUUGGCGGGAAAUUACGGUGAUGGCGGGGAGGAGAGUAAGGUCUCUGUGCUGCGCGCGUGCCAGCACAGGCGCGGCAAGCAGAGGCAGGGGGGAGAAGGGAUGCAAGGGGGAGAGGGGGGUCAGGGCAGCUCGCACAGCGAGGAGGGGUGUGAGGCUGUACAGUUGACGCAGGACGUGGCGUGGCAUGACCGGCCUGCCAUGGUCGCUGCUGCUGGUGGCCCCUACCUCGUCUUUGCACGCACACAGCCCAGCCACCCUGCAGCACAGGGGGGGAUGGCAGGCGCAUGGGCAGGCGGGCAAGCAGAGGGAGGAGCGGCGGAUGAGGGGCAUGCGGCGCGGUUGAGCUGGAGUGCAGUGCACGUGCAGCACAUGGGGGGCAACGGCACCACUACAGCUAAGAUUCGCAUUCGCUGUGUUUCUUUUUUCCCCCACAGCAAACACUGUGUGACACCCCCUCAUCUCGCUGACUUCUCCCCCAGCGUCUCCCCCUCGGGGCGCUGGCUCGCUGUUGCCUCUGCUCCUGCCCACUACUCUGCUCACCGCACGUAUGCCAGCUCCACUGCUGACAUGGACACGGGUGGCGCAGUGAACAUGCAGCAGAGGGACCUACUAGCGCUGCCCACUGCCAUCCACGUGAUGCGCCUGCCGGACGGCAAGCAUCGGCAGGAGGUGGUGGCGCAGGGAGGGUGGCCGGCAUGGGGCGAGGACGACUCGACUCUGCUCUUCCACCGCCUCAUGCGCGCGAGAGGGCAGGCGGGGCGUGGUGCUGAUGAGGGGGCGCAGCAGGGGGAGGGCGGUGAGGGGUGGUUCGGUGUGUUCCAGGUGCAGCUGGACCUGCCUGGAGAGAACCAGGGGGAGGUGCGGCAGAGGGCGGAGGGUGAGGAGGCUGGCUUCAAUGGUGCAGCUUCCAAAGCACAAACAGAUUCAGAAACCACUGCAGGGGCGAGUGCAGGAGUGAGUGCAGGGGAAGGGAAGGCAUGGAUAGGGGUGGGCAGGGAGGAGCGCCUGACACCGCCCGGGCUGCACGCCCUCACGCCCUCCUCCGCUGCCCCUUCCUCAUGCGGCCCCUUCAUCGCCCUCACCACCCGCCGGCCCCCCUCGCCCUUCCGCCACGUGGAGCUGCUUCACCUGCCGUCGCGCCAGCUGUACAUGCUGACUCAGCACAUCCGCCCGUCCGCCAAUCACUACACGCCGUCAGUGGCGCCGGACGGGUCGCGAGUUGCGUACCACCGUUGCCGGUGCGCAGGCGAGGAUGGUGGUGAUGCGGAAGUUUUAGCAGAAGACGGUGCAUCAGUUCCAGAGGGCAGCGAGGGGGCAGGCAGCAGCACAGAAACAGCAGAAGUGCAGAAACAGGAGUCACACCGAGCACUGUUAGCCCGACCCUCUCUCACACUCUCACAACCCGUAUCCCCUCAGCACGCACACACGAGCUGCACGGACUGCCACGGGUACUACGUGGAGCGCAUCGCCACACCCUUACCGCCCUCAACGCCCUUCACCCUCAUCCGCACUGCAGGCCUCUUCCCCGCUCUCUCCCCGGACGGCCGUCUCCUCGCCUUCAUCCGUGCUCUCGGCGGCCCCGGUGCGGGUGUGUACGUGGUGCCGGCAGAUGGCAGUGCAGCGCAGCGGCAGGUGUUCCAGGGCCCUGCGUUUGGGCUGGCGUGGAACCCCAUGGUGCCCGGGGUGCUGUACACGAGUGCAGGGCACGGGUUUGCGCCGGGGGAAGCAGAGGUGCAUGUGGUGGAGGUGUCAGGGGUGGCCGCAUGGCUGUUCCAAGAGGGGCGAAAGGGGGAGGGGAAGGCGGAGGGAGGGGCGGGAGGGGGGGCUGAGGGUGAGAGAGAAGAGGAGGACAGUGGCGGUGGCGGCAGCAGCAGCAGCAGCAGCAGCAGCAGCAGCAGCAGAACUGGUCGGGGCAGAGUGAACGGUGUGUCGUGGCGUCGCCUCACUCUCCCCGGCACACGCAACAACGCCUUCCCAGCGCCGUCCCCAUGUGGGAGGUGGAUAGUGUUCCGGUCGGCACGCACAGGGCACAAGAACCUCUUCCUCAUGGCCGCUCAGCAUGGCGAGCGCGGCGGUGUGUGGCAGGUGAGUGAUGGGCCAUGGACGGACACCAUGCCCGCAUGGGACCCGUGGGGCCGGUGGAUCGUGUUCAGCUCCGAUCGCGGUGAGGGCGAGGGCUUUGCGCUCUAUGCCAUGCCCGCCGUGCUGCCCACAAGCAAUGUUGCAACUCGUGCUGCUACUGCUUGUCGUGGUACUGCUGUUGAUGGCGAUGGUGCUUCUGGUGGUGAAAGGGACGGCGAGAGGCAGGGUGGCCGUGACACCCAAUCAGCUGGGCAGGUUGAGCAGAAGCAGCAGCAGCAGGCAGCAGAGCAGCAGCAGGGGGUGGUGCGUCUGUGGCACAAUGGGCCGUGGGGGCGAGUCAACCAUGCUUCCUUCAGCCCUGACGGGCACUUCCUUGUUGUCACUGCUGACGUGGCAGGCAUGUCUGCAGACCCUGUGGCAUACCCACAGCAGUUCCAGCCAUACGGCGAGUUAUUCCUGCUGCAGUUGAAUCGUACGAAUCACCCGCCGCAGACUGUUGCUGCUGAUGAGCGCAGGGGUGGCAGCGCUGCUGAUACCUCCAGCAAUGGCAGCAGCAGCAGUGGUGGUGGAGGCAGUGCAGUGGAUGGAGUGUGGGGUGAGGAGCAGUUGAGUGUCAAACAGUGGGAGCGGCUGACGUUCAACCCGUAUGAGGACGGCACACCCUCAUGGAGCCAGCACACGCUGCACCCCGCACCGCUGCACACUCAGAGGCACCGAGUGACGUGUGAGUUCGAUGAUGUGGGGGCUCUGACAGGUCGUGUGCGUGUGGAAGAGUGA